AUGGUCAGACUACCCGCUGCUGCUGCUGCCUUCUUGGCCCUUUCGCUCCAUGUGCUUCCCGCUAUCGGAUUUGCCUUUCCCUCGCCGCAGACAUCAUCAUCAGCCUGUGUGAGCGAGUGCAGUGGUCUCGUCGUCACCUUCACUGAAUGUAACAUAUCGCUCGACGCAACUACCUAUACAGCGGCCCAAGAGAAGUGCAUAUGCAAUGACGCCUCUUUUAAGAGCACCAUCGACCAAUGCUUUGCCUGCAUGGGGGAAACCCUCACUUACCAAGAUAUGUGCUCCGUAUAUCUCAGCAGCUCAACCUCCUCCGCCUCCAGGUCUGCAACUAGAUCUGCCUCUGCUUCUUCAGCUUCCGCUUCUGCAACCCGCACCACCUCCGCAUCGUCAGCAGGCGCUACCGAGUCCUCCUCUGCCUCGUGUGGCCAGUCUGAGGCAUGCAUAGCCUUUGGUACAACACUCACCGGUUGCGAUGUCAACAAUGACAAUAUCAAUAAUGUCACCGAUGCACAAAUGACCUGUCUUUGCAAGGAUCCGGCCACCUUCGAAGCCAACCUCGCAAACUGUAUAGCAUGUACUGGUGAGAGUGCCAGCGGCAUAGACAAGAUGUGCGAUUCCUAUGCCUCCAGCUCCGGUCUCGCAUCUGGCACUGCUACAAGAAGCACCACGAGGGCCGCAAGCACUGCAAGGACCACUGACACUGGUAGCUCCGCUACUACCACCGCCGCUAUUGCUGCCAACCCGACCACCACCUCUACAGGCCUCAGAUCCACCUCCACGUCCACCACCGGUGGUACAGGAGAUGCUCUAUCUCAGAACGGCGGCUCUAGGACUAUGGCUCUUGGAGCACCCGGGCUUAUGGUGCCGGUGCUUGUGAUGGCGGCGGCGGCCUGGAGAGUGGUGUUUUAG